AUGCCAGAAGAUGUCGUCUCAGUUCAAGAAUCUGAAGGUCCCGUGCAAUCGUCAUCUGGAAAGCUAGAGAACUUGAAAACUUUAUUCAAAGAAAGUAUCAAAUCUGGUGGUAUACCAGGUCAUUUCGCGUCAUUACAGGAAGUGCUGAGCCUUCUUGAAGAUCAGCUUUACAAGUUUGAAGGAGAUUUGCUAACCAACGCCUUUUACGGAAGUAUUCUCAAUGGUGGAUGGAAUCGAGCUGCCUUAUCAAUUGUCCCGUCGCGCGCUCAACCAUCAGUGUUGAAGAGGAACUUUCAAGAAGACGAACGCAUUUUUUCACGUUCAUCUGUUGAAUUUAUGAAGCGCCGACGUCGCGAGGCGGUUGACCAGGAAAAUCGUUCUCAUGCUGUCCCUGGCAGACAGCAGAGAUUGAACGCGUCUGUAAAUAAGGACGUGAACGGAGAAACCAAGAAGCGGCUGGGUGACGUUGUCAUAAAAACGGAACCAAGGAGUCCCAGCCCAGAGAUCAAGAGAAGCAAGAUCAGACAGACAUGA